UCUUUCCAAAAAUUGUUCAUAAUUUACGGCCAAAACAAAAACAAUCAAUAAUGGAUUAUGAUAGUAGUGGAACAUAUUCAAUACAGGCUAUAAAUGUCAAUAACAAUAAUAGCCAAUCAUCAAAUUCAUUUCAAUAUCCGGUUAUAUUGAAUAAUGCCGGUAUACCAUCAUCACCAUUAUCCAACAAUAAUCAUUUUAUAUUACCACCACAUCAACAUCAACAACAACAAAAUCCAUUAUCAUCUGGAUCAUCACAUGUUCAUAAUAAUAAUAAUAAUAAUCAUAAUCAUCAUCAUUUGAAUAAUAAUCCAAAUCAUUAUCAUGGUGUGGAUAUUGAUACGGCUACUAUUGUUUCGAUUGCAUCCUCAUGUAUUAUACUGAUUUCAGGAUGUAUAGCUGUCGUUUGUUUGAUAAUGUACAUGAAAAAAACCGAUAUGUUAUAUCGUUCAAGAACCUGUGCUAAAUGUGGUGCUCAUGUUGCUCAUCCACCAAAUGUAUCCAUACCAGGAAAUUUACUAACAAAUAAUAUACAAGAAACGGAUUCUGAUCUACCUGCAGGUACACCAAUUUCAAUACGAAGUGAAAAUGUUGUACGAUCGGCUGAAAGAGCCGAACAUGUAGCUAAAGUCAUAAAUUAUCAAAUGGCAGCCAAAUCACAACCAAAUUUAGCCAAAGAAAUUGAUUCGAUUGUAAUCUAUAGAGGAAUGACAAAUAAUGGCCAACAACAACAAGCGUUACAACAAACAUCCAAACAACAACAACAACCAUCUUUAACAACGGCAAAAUCAGCCACAAAUGAUCAGAUAUAUAAUCAAACGGUUGCACAAAAUACAAAUACAUGUUUAGAUUUUUUAACCGAUGCAUUUAAAAAUGAAACUAAAACAAGUUUCAUUGAAGAUGAUGAAGCAGCACCAUAUGCUACAUUUAAUUUACCUGGUUUUGAAAGUGAUUCAAAAAUUAGUGAUACAUAUGAAACAUUUGCGGCAAAAUUUUCCGAACCACCAUAUAUGUUAUUGAAAAAAGGUAUUGAAUGUCCACCACAAUAUGCCGAUUCUAUUGAUUGUAAAUUAAGAAUAUUAGAAAAUAUUGAUAAAAAUAAUAUUGAUCCAAUCUAUCAAUCAAAUGUAUUAAGUCAUUAUCAUUCAAUUGCAUCAUGUGGUUCAUCAAAUCAAGAUGAACUUAUUCGUGCAUAUGAAUUUGGUAAUGAACAGAAACAAAAAUUAUUACAAUUACAAGAUGAAUUUAUUAAACAAUUGGCAAAUGAAAAUAAUGAUUCAAUAAUAGCUAAACAAGAAACAAUUUAUAGAUCAAUACCGAUUAGUGAUCAUGAAUCGCCAACUGAUCCUGGUAUAAGAGAAUUUACAAAAUCACCACCAAAACCGAAUGAAAAACGACAAGGUAUCGUAUUUCAUCAUCAACCAACCGUAGCGGAUAUAUUGAAAAUGUCACAACAACUUAUUGAUUCAAAAGAAUUUAGUGCCAAAACAUCAUUAACACAUCAACAACCCGAAGAAAUAUCAUCAAAUGAAACAAGUAAAAGUUUAUCAUCAUUAAAAGCUUCAAGUGGUGGUAUAGAUGAUGAUGAUGAUGAUUCAACACCAUCCGGUGGUAGUGAACUAGGUAAUGAUGAAGCAUCAUCAUCAACACCUACACCGGAAAAUUUAACAACCGAUGAUCAACAACAACAAUCACAGCCACAACAACAACAAUUAUUGGUUGAUAAUAAAAAAAAUUUUGGUGCAAUUUCACGGGAUCGUAGCCGUAAUCCAUCAUGGGCUAAUUAUACAACCAGUACGUCGAAUAAAUCAACAAAAUUAUAGAAAAAAAUGAAUUUUUUUAUAUAAAUAAAUAAGCAAAUUAAACUGAAAUCAAAUACAGUUUUGGCUAUACCAACAUCAUCGUUACAACAACCAACGAUAUAUCAUCAAAAUCAACAACAACAACAACAACAGGCAAAUCUAAACAAACGUGCCUUCGUGAC